AUGAAUUUUGAAAACUACAUAGUUCCAACUUCUGGUAUUGAAACUGAGAAGAUUACUUCUCCAAUUACUGCCAAGGAAAGUAGUGAGACACCCAGUACAACUAAUUUUGUUUGCAAAGAUUGCUCCUACAAUGGAAAAGAAGAAAAUUUAUCAAUAAAACACAAGAUGGUAUGGUUAGGUCCGGCAGGAGGAUAUGUAUUAAUGGAGGAAAAUCCACCAAAUAGAAAGGUGCUUGAUAGAGAAUUAACCAAUCCCCUAUAUUGUAGAGUUGUGCAGCACAAAGCCUUGGUAUUGGAUCAUAGAACUGGAAAUAAUGAAGCCAAUACACUAAGUACUGUAGUCUCAGAAAAACUAGACAAUACAACAAAUUUAGAGAGCUAUAAAGAAAGAGAGGGUUCUCUUAAUUUUAGCUGGAGAGAAGAGGAAUCAGUACAACCACUUCCAUACCAAGAUAUAGGCCCAAUUGGUAAUAGAAGUAAGUUGGCUAGAAAUUUGGUUCCACUUACAACAGUGAGAGAUAUCUAUAAACAAUCACAGAGUCCUCGAAACUAUUGUAAAUAA